GAGGCGACUUGUGUUUAGCAAACGAAAAAGAAGAGGGAACGACAAGGGGGAUAGCUAUAUUUUUCAUGUUACUUUGAAACAAAAUGAACAGCCGCCUGCAGGAAAUAAGAGAAAGACAGAAGCUCCGACGGGAGCUUUUAGCACAGCAGCUGGGAGCUGAAAGCGCAGAUAGCAUCGGUGCUGUGCUGAACAGCAAAGACGAACAGAAGGAAAUCGAGGAGACCAGAGAAACGUGCAGGGCCUCGUUCGACGCGUCAGCGCCAGGCGCUAAACGCAAGUGUCAAGCCGAAGGCGAGGACCCGGAGGAAGAUGUGGAGGAUCAGAAGGAUGAGGUUGAGCAACAGCAGGCUGAGGACAGUGGCCCGUAUGAAGUGGUCUACAAAGAUUCCAGCACAUUUUUGAAGGGAACUCAGAGUUUGAAUCCGCACAAUGACUACUGCCAGCACUUUGUGGAUACUGGCCACAGGCCGCAGAACUUCAUUCGUGACGUAGGUCUUGCAGAUAGAUUUGAGGAGUACCCCAAACUCAGAGAGCUAAUCAGGUUGAAGGAUGAAUUGAUUGCAGCGACAAACACUCCUCCCAUGUAUCUGCAGGCGGACCCUGAAAGCUUUGACCUGAGAGAGCUCAAGUGCAAGUUCGAUGUGAUCCUCCUGGAGCCGCCCCUGGAGGAGUACUACAGGGAGUCCGGCAUUAUCGCCAACGAGAAGUUCUGGACCUGGGACGACAUCAUGAAGCUGGAGAUCGAGGAGAUUUCGGCUCUCCGGUCCUUCGUGUUCCUGUGGUGUGGAUCUGGAGAGGGGCUGGACCUCGGCAGGAUGUGCCUGAGGAAGUGGGGCUUCCGGCGGUGCGAGGACAUCUGCUGGAUCAAAACCAACAAGAACAACCCGGGAAAGACCAAGACGCUCGACCCCAAGGCCGUCUUCCAGCGCACCAAGGAGCACUGCCUGAUGGGAAUCAAAGGCACGGUGAGACGCAGCACGGACGGCGACUUCAUCCACGCCAACAUGGACAUCGACCUGAUCAUCACGGACGAGCCGGAGAUCGGCAACAUCGAGAAGCCCGUGGAGAUCUUCCACAUCAUCGAGCACUUCUGCCUCGGCCGCCGACGGCUGCACCUGUUCGGCCGGGACAGCACCAUCCGGCCAGGCUGGCUGACGGUGGGCCCCACCCUGACCAACAGCAACUUCAACGCCGAGGCGUACUCUUCCCACUUCAACCCCCCCAACUCGCACCUGUCCGGCUGCACCGAGGAGAUCGAGCGGCUGCGCCCCAAGUCCCCGCCCCCCAAGACCAAGGCCGACUGGGGCGGGGGCGCGGCCCGGGGGGGCAGGGGCGGGCCCUCGGCCGGGCGCGGGGACAGGGGCCGCGAACGCAACCGGCCCAGUUUCCGCGGCGACAGGGGCGGGUUCCGGGGCCGGGGGGGCCCGCACCGGGGGUUCCCCCCUCGCUAGAGAGAAGGUUCCGGAAAAAACGCGCCCCUGCUGAUGGGGGGGGUGUAGAGGCGUGACAGGAACUAGUGCUCAUGACAGGAGUCAUCUUUGGGUUGUUUAGACAAACUGCCAGACUGUGGAUGGACCGUACAUUUUCCAGUGAUUUGUGAAAUUGGAAACGGAGGAAAUCCAGAAAUGUAUUUUUUUUUUAACUGAUUUUUUUAUUUGCACUGCUAAACUUUUUUUUUUAUCAUGUUAUCUGGUGAACAUGCACUGUGUCCUUUGAACAUUAAGUGAACAAAAACAAAAACAGAAACCUGAUUAAAAAAGCUAAAGGAACUUCUCUGAGAAUCACUUUUGCUGGCUGUCUUCACACACAAUUUAUCAUCCCCUGGACCAAUCACAGGUGCGUGUGUUUAUAGAGAAAAAACACCCAAACCCUUGUGUUUCAGUUUAAAGUGUCGUUCCAAAGAAAAGGUUGAGAUUUGCAGCUGAAAGAAUUACAAGACUCGUAAUAAUUAAAGUAUUUCUCCAAUUUAUAAAUCUUUAAUGUCAUAUUUACGGUACAUCUGUUUUUGGCAGUUGCAGUUUUUCUCAGCAUGUUUAUUUAAUCAUAUCGAACUUAGCAGGGUGGGAAAUAGUAGUAAUAGCAUUUGUUUGCAAAAACGUAAGAAACUGCUAGUUUCCAAGGUUAUUAUUAAACAUACCUUUAAACAUACCAGGGAUUUAGCUGGUUUUGAAGGAGAAUCAUAACUGGGGUAUUGAUCUUUAUCUGAGCUGAGCAACACUUAUUUGCACAGUUUUAAAGUGUGUGUUUGUGUGUGAGUGAAAAUGUACGCGUGGGGGCAUGUGUGGAAGAAUGUGUGGCACGAGAGUGACACCUAGUGGUGAGUGGGCUUAAAUCGCAGCUGAGCUCCUGAUUAACUAAACUUAAUCGGGCUGUUGUCUGUUUCCAGUCUGGCUUUCUUGGAUAUGCUGCUUAAUCCUUCCUCCCCAUUCGAGCUUUUUCUGCCUCUACGCUGCGCGGCGAACUUGUUGCUAACAACACCACUUGUUGCUAAGGACACCACUCGAAAGGUCUUUCUCAUUAGUGAUAAUAAACAGGUGUUUGUGUGC